AUGCCUGUGAGUUUAACUGUUGAGGGUACUAGAUUCACAGAUCGGCAUGGACGCGAGAUCUUACUUAGAGGAAUAAACCUUGCCGCCGACACAAAAUUCCCCAAAACGCCGGAGAUACCUUCGCAUGUUUCCGAUAAGUUCUUUGAUGGUGAUAAUGUAUCAUUCGUUGGUCGACCAUUUUCGCUUGAGGAUGCUGACAUACAUUUUCGGCGCCUGAGGAAUUGGGGUUAUAACACCCUGAGAUACUUGUACACGUGGGAAGCUUUGGAGGCAAGAGGACCCGGUGUCUAUGAUGAAGAGUACAUCAAUUUCACUGUCGAGGUUUUGCGAAAGGCUAAACAGUAUGGAUUCUACGUGUUUUUAGACCCGCACCAGGACGUAUGGUCGCGCUUUUCUGGGGGUUCUGGGGCGCCUAUGUGGACAUUAUAUGCUGCGGGGCUCAACCCAAGAGCAUUCGAUGUAACGGAAGCGGCGCUUGUUCACAAUACAUACAGAAACCCCGUCGAGUUUCCAAAGAUGAUAUGGGCGACGAAUUAUACCCGGAUGGUCUGCCAAGUUAUGUUUACUCUGUUCUUUGCGGGUUGUGAUUUCGCCCCCAAGGCUAUUAUAAAUGGGCAGAACAUACAGGACUAUCUUCAAUCCCACUAUAUCAAUGCCAGCGUUCACCUUGCCCGAAGAAUCAAAGAGGCGGGUGAUCUAGAGGAUAUAACUGUUAUUGGGUGGGAGUCUUUUAACGAACCGAAUCACGGGCUCGUUGGGUACCAGGAUUUAACCAAGAUCCCAGUCGACCAACAACUCCAAAAGGGCACAUCGCCAACAGCGUGGCAAGCGAUCUUAACGGCUAGUGGCAGGGCUUGUGAAAUUGAGACUUGGGAACUUGGGUCAAUGGGCUCAUACCGGACCGGGAAAAUUCUCGUGGACCCGAAGGGAACCUCUGCGUGGCUUGGUGCGGACUACCCGGAUACAGAGUAUGGUUGGAAAAGAGACCCGGGGUGGAGACUAGGUGAAUGCAUUUGGGCCCAGCAUGGCGUUUGGAGCCCAGAAACGGAUGAGCUAUUGCGCCCGGACUAUUUUAGCAAAACACCUGCUGGGCAUGUUAUCGAUGCUGGGGUCUUUUGCAACACGUAUUUUAUGGAUCAUUGGAAGCGCUGGGCUCAUGGCGUUCGGAGUAUGCAUCAAAACUCACUACUACUACUCCAACCUCCGGUUUGGGUAGUACCCCCGGUACUGGACGAAGCCACGAAAGGGCUAGGUCGGAUAGUCUACGCCCCUCAUUACUACGAUGGGCUCACCUUGAUGUCCAAGAAAUGGAAUAGAUUUUUCAAUGUCGAUGUCCUCGGUGUCUUACGUGGUCGUUAUUUAUCUCCAGCUUUUGCAGUUAAACUCGGCGAGACAGCUAUUAGGAAUUCGAUGAAGGAACAACUCACUGCCAUGAAACAAGAAGGUCUCGAUAAUAUAGGAUCGACGCCUUGUUUGUUUUCAGAGAUUGGGAUACCUUAUGAUAUGGACGACAAAUAUGCGUACAAGACUGGUGAUUAUACUUCCCAGACCCGAGCUUCAGAUGCCAACCAUUUCGCACUGGAAGGUUCAUUGGCCUCGUAUACCUGGUGGAACUAUUGUGCCCUCAACAAUCAUGAAUGGGGCGAUCAAUGGAAUGGAGAAGAUUUGAGUAUCUACGGCAGAGAUGAUACCGCGCCGGAAAGAGAUGAUCCUGGAAGGCCUCUUCUAGAACCUUACCAUGAUAGCCCGAGGGAUGCGUCCAAUACGAUCGACUCAAAUUCCAUCAAAAGGACUCUAUCAAAUACACCGAUGUCCAUUGAACGUUCCUCUACCUCGAUUGGUACAUCUACAGGAACUAGGGCGGCAGAUGCUUUCAUCCGGCCAGCUCCUAUCAAAAUCUCCGGUGUCACUACCGCAUACUCUUUCAAUUUGGCACAAUCGGUGUUCUCUCUAGCGGUCAACGCGAUCGCAACAGCGGAGUUAUCACCAUCUGAGAUCUUCAUCCCAUUGUAUCAUUUCCCUAGGGACAAACUUGAUGUGGUAAUUUCAGACGGGAAGUGGGCAUAUGACACCGAAACCCAGAUUCUGAAAUGGUGGCACUCGGGUGGCAGCCAAACUUUCAAAGCGACGGGUGUCAAGCGGUUUUUACAAACAUUUGAGGACGAUACUUAUUUUGAUGUUGUUAAAAACGUGGGGUGUAACAUUAUUUAG